GUUGCGAUAGCGAUCACUGGGGACCCCACUGCAGCAACCGCUGCCAGUGUCAGAACGAAGCUCUCUGCAACCCCAUCACGGGCGCCUGCGUCUGCGCAGAUGGGUACCGAGGAUGGCGCUGUGAAGAGCUCUGUGACCCUGGGAGCUACGGCAAGGGCUGCCAGUUUAAAUGCCAAUGUCACAACGGAGCUACCUGCGACCAUAAAACGGGAGAAUGUCACUGUGCUCCCGGAUACACGGGGGUAUUCUGUGAAGAGCGCUGUCCCCCAGGCAGUCACGGAGCUCAGUGUGAAUUGCGCUGCCCUUGCCAGAACGGAGGAGUCUGCCACCACAUCACCGGAGAGUGCUCCUGUCCUCCUGGAUGGAUGGGGCUGGUGUGCGCACAGCCGUGUCCUCCUGGAACAUUUGGGAUUAACUGCAGCCAGGACUGUCCAUGCCACAACGGAGGACACUGUGAUCCCGUGACAGGAAAAUGUGUCUGUGCAGCUGGCUAUAUAGGAGACAGGUGUCAAGAAGAGUGUCCGAUUGGGACAUACGGCUUUCAGUGCACACAAAGAUGUGACUGCCAAAAUGGUGCAAAGUGUUAUCAUGUAAAUGGAGCGUGUAUGUGUGACCCUGGAUUUAAAGGGAUUUAUUGCCAAGAAAGAAUGUGUCCAGAAGGGUUUUACGGCCUCAAAUGCAACAAGAGAUGUCCUUGCAAUAUUGCCAACACUCUCAGUUGCCAUCCGUUGUCUGGAGAGUGCAGCUGCAAAGCUGGCUGGGCUGGGCUGUACUGCAAUGAGACCUGUCCCCCUGGAUACUACGGCGAAGGCUGCCAGCUGACCUGCCCUUGCCAGAACGGUGCAGAUUGUGACAGCGUCACAGGGAAGUGUACGUGUGCACCAGGAUAUAUGGGAGAUGACUGCACCAUUACCUGCAUGGCAGGAACCUACGGUACCAAUUGCUCGUCAGUUUGUAAUUGCAAAAAUGAUGGCGCGUGUUCCCCUGUGGAUGGUCUGUGCUAUUGCAAAGAAGGGUGGCAAGGAGUGGAUUGCUCUAUUCCCUGUUCGAGUGGAAGUUGGGGUCUUAACUGUAACCAGACGUGUUAUUGCACGAACGGAGCAGCCUGCAAGCCAGCUGACGGCUCUUGUCUCUGCUCGCCUGGGUGGCAAGGGGAGUACUGUGACCAGCCGUGCCCCGAUGGAACAUAUGGUCUUAAUUGCAGUGAACGUUGUGACUGUAGCCAUGCAGAUGGGUGCGAUCCUGUCACCGGUUACUGCUGCUGUCUUGCGGGCUGGACAGGCAUCCACUGUGACAAUAUAUGUACCCAGGGCCGCUGGGGACCCAACUGCUCCAUCUCCUGUAACUGUGAGAACGGGGGAUCCUGCUCCCCGGAGGACGGCACCUGUGACUGCGCACCAGGAUACAGAGGACCCUUGUGCCAGAGAAUUUGUCCCCCCGGCUUUUAUGGACACCACUGCAGCCAGCCGUGCCCUCAAUGCGUGCACAGCAGCGGGCCGUGUCACCACGUGUCGGGACGCUGCGACUGCUUGCCUGGAUUCUUUGGCACUCUCUGCAACCAAGUCUGUCCCAGCGGCAAAUACGGGAAGAACUGUGCCGAGGUCUGUCAGUGCACCGAGAACGGGACGUGCAAUCCUAUCGAUGGAUCGUGCCAGUGUUUUCCAGGCUGGAUAGGGACAGACUGCUCUCAGACUUGUCCCACUGGUUUUUGGGGCCCUGAUUGCUUUCAUUCAUGCAACUGCCACAACGGAGCAAUGUGCAGCCCUUACGAUGGAGAAUGUAGAUGUACUCACGGUUGGACGGGGCUCUACUGCACUCAGCGUUGCCCAGCUGCUUUUUAUGGAAAAAACUGUGCCAAUGUUUGUCAGUGUCAGAACGGAGCGGACUGCGACCACAUCACUGGCCAGUGCACGUGCAGGACUGGAUUUACAGGCAAACAAUGCGAGCAAAAGUGCUCACCAGGAACAUUUGGUUACGGUUGCAAACAGUUAUGUGAGUGCAUGAAUAAUGCUACGUGUGACCACGUCACAGGUACUUGCUACUGCAGUCCAGGCUUCAAAGGAAUCCGAUGUGAUCAAGCGGCUCUUAUGAUGGAAGAAUUAAACCCCUAUACUAAAAUUAGCCCUGCUCUUGGAUCAGAGAGGCACUCAGUGGGAGCAAUCAUUGGAAUUAUUAUUCUCCUUCUAAUUAUUAUGGUCUUGCUGGCACUGUUUGUGUGGUAUCGACGGAAACAGAAGGAGAAGGGCCAUGACAUGCCAAGUGUAUCUUAUACACCAGCCAUGAGGAUGACUAAUACAGAUUACUCACUUUCUGGUGCUUGUGGGAUGGAUAGACGUCAGAACACAUACAUAAUGGAAAAAAGCUUCAAAGAUUAUAUGAAAGAAUCUGUGUGCAGCUCCAGCACUUGUUCUCUGAACAGCAGUGAAAACCCAUACGCCACCAUUAAAGACCCCCCCAUUUUAACAUGCAAACACUCCGAGAGCAGCUACGUGGAAAUGAAAUCACCUGGUCACACGGAGUCCCCGUAUUCAGAAAUGCCAACUUCAUCGACCGCCAAUAAAAACAUCUACGAAGUUGAGCCCACUGUCAGCGUGGUCCAAGACGCCCGUGGUCGGAGUGCCAGUUACCUCCAAAAUCCAUACGACCUGCCUAGGAACAGUCACAUUCCUAGUCACUACGACCUCCUCCCCGUCCGGCACAGCCCGACGCACGGGCCAUCUUGGGACAAGCAGUCUUAA